AUGCAACCCAUCGUAGCCUACCUUAAAGAUCAAUCACUGCCAGCCUCGAAAAGUGAGGCUAAGAAAUUGAGGAGGAGGGCUGCUCACUUUGUUAUCCAGGAUGAUGUGCUCUACAAAAGGGGCUUCGCCUCGCCACUUCUCCGAUGCGUUGGAGGGGAAGAAGCCAUGUAUAUACUCAGGGAGAUCCAUGAGGGAGUCUGCGUGUCUGACAACGGAAGGCAAUUUGAUAACAAAAAAAUGCGAGACUUGUGUGAUGACCUCAGCAUAAGGAAGGACUUCUCAAUACCUCAUCACCCCCAAGCCAACGAGCAAGUUGAGGCAGUGAACAAGACUAUCAAGCAUACCCUGAAAAGAAAGCUUGACACCUCGAAAGAGGCAUGGGUCAAUGAGCUUUUUCAUGUCCUCUGGGCCAUUCGAACAACUUGUCGAACUGCAACAGGUGAAACACCCUUCUUCAUGAUCUAUGGAUCCGAAGCCAUGAGUCCUGUCGAGAUUAAUCAAUUGGUCUCAGUUCUUCAGUGA